CGUCGCCGGUGGAGGAGGCGUUGGCGCAUCGCACCACUGCCGCUUCUGCUGCUUUCUGCUUCUGCUGCUGCUGCUUUCUCUCAAAACCGACCGUCCUGUACAGAGACGAGAACCGCCACCUGCCAGGCUGCUGUGAAAGAAACCGCCUCGCUUAAAACAGAACCAACCCGCUACGGCAAGGUGCGCGUUUUAAUCCCCCGAAACAGAGAAGCCUCAAAAUGAUCAAGAACGGUCACCACCAUCACCACCUCCACCAAGUGAGCGCAGCUGCGGGGAAAGACGCAGGGAUGACCCUGGCCGCGGAGACGUGCAGUCCGGAGAAGAGGAGGCGAAAGAUCCGUGUGUGGUGCGACGGCUGCUAUGACAUGGUGCAUUAUGGCCACUCAAACCAGCUGCGACAGGCCAAAGCGAUGGGAGAUUACCUCAUCGUUGGAGUGCACACAGACAGUGAGAUUUCAAAGCACAAGGGUCCGCCAGUCUUCACUCAGGAAGAAAGGUACAAGAUGGUACGGGCCAUAAAGUGGGUGGACGAGGUGGUGGAAGGAGCCCCUUACGUCACGACCCUCGGGACGCUUGAUAAGUACAGCUGCGACUUCUGUGUUCAUGGAGAUGAUAUAACACUAACUGUGGAUGGAAAAGAUACAUAUGAGGAGGUAAAGAAGUCAGGACGCUAUAGAGAGUGUAAGCGGACGCAGGGAGUUUCCACGACAGACCUUGUUGGCCGGAUGCUUCUGAUGACCAAAGCACACCACAGCAACAUUGACAGCUCAGACUACCAGCAGCACACAGACAACUUUGGAAAGAAGGGCCACAGUCCCUGGACAGGAGUAUCUCAGUUCCUGCAGACUUCUCAGAAGAUAAUUCAGUUUGCUUCAGGCCAGGAGCCUCAGCCCGGAGACACCAUCAUCUACGUUGCAGGAGCCUUUGACCUCUUUCACAUUGGUCAUGUGGACUUCCUGGAAGCGGUCCAUAAGCUUGCCGAAAAGCCAUACAUCAUAGUGGGGCUGCACUUUGAUCAGGAGGUGAAUCGUUAUAAAGGAAAAAACUACCCCAUCAUGAAUGUCCAUGAGAGAACGCUCAGUGUGCUGGCUUGCAGAUAUGUUUCGGAAGUGGUGAUUGGUGCACCCUUUGCCGUCACAAAAGAUCUGCUGGAUCAUUUUAAGGUGGAUCUUGUUUGCCAUGGUAAGACAGAAAUCUACCCAGACAAGGAUGGAUCUGACCCUUACGCUGAACCAAAAAGAAGAGGCUUGCUACGAACUGUAGACAGUGGGAACACUCUUACUUCAGAUGCAAUUGUGCAAAGGAUAAUAAAAAACAGGCUUCUAUUUGAGGCAAGGAACAAGAAGAAAGAAGCCAAAGAGAUUGCUGUGAUCCAGGCUAUGAAGCGACAAGAAGAGGAAAAAACUAAAGGAAGAUCCCAAGCUCUGCUGUAGACAUGCACCACCAUUUGUGGUUUUGACCUAACAUUAGCAAACUACAUAAAUAUAAACUUCUGUAUAGCAGAGUCAACUCUUCAUAAGUGUUAUAGCAUCUGUGGAUAAUAUCAGCAGUUUUACAGGUGAAAGGUAACAAUCCUGCUGUGGGAUCAUUAGGUGUUUGUGAGCAGUAAGAUCAAUCACAAGCUGGAACAAAGAACAUGUACUGUACCUGUAUCUUCAAAAGUAUAAUACAUACAUUUGGAUAUUUUAAACUUUUGUAAUUUUAUUGCCUUUUAAUGAGGACAAAAAAGAAUUGAAGUUAUUUUUGGCUUUUAGCACAAGAAAAGUGCAAGUUGGUGAAGUGGGACAAACAUUUAUUUAUCUAACCAGAACUGGAAACCUUCCCUGGGCUGUUGCUGCUUUUUGCACAGCAAUACUCCUAAUCCUAACUAAUCAUCAUCUGUGUAUAUUGUAUCAAAAUGCAUAAGGAUUUUUAAAUUACAGCAGAAAUCAGAGGACAAAUACCCUUGUGUUGCUGUUCAGUUAAUCCGUUUAAAUAUUUUGGACCUCAUAUGUUCCACUCUGCACUGACUGCUAAAAAAUUAAUGGGAAAUGUUCUGUUUUAAUAACAGAGGUGUUGUUUUUUUAAUCACAAAUGCACACUGUUGAGACCUGAAGGCCUUGCCUUUUGCUUGCAUUUUUAAAAAAAUAUGACCACAGAAAUUUGUGAAAUGAUGAACUGUCUGCUUUAACUUUGGUUUUCAUUGCAUGAGUGGAAAUUAAUGACAUUGUGUUGUCUUGAAGACAAAGUAGAGUUCAUACUUCUCCUAAAGGAGUCUAACACAUGUGGGUAUGAAAUGGGGUCAAAUAAUAUAUUUUUUGUAGAAACAUAUUUUACUCCAUUAGCUGCUGUAAACAUAGUAGCGUAAUGUUUUAAAAGCAUAAUGCAUAUUAUUGUCAAACUAAAAUGUAGAUAGUGUUGCCUAUUAUAUAUAUAUAU